ACUUCUAGCCGCUUCAUGCUACAGAAACCGGGAUAAGCUCCAGUAGCUAUGAGCCAUUCGGCUCCAAGGCUUCACUUACCUUCUUACAUUGAUCUAGCUGUAUUUACAGGAGGGAUUUCAAUAAUGGGUUCAGCAGGUGGACUACUAGUUUUUACACAGGCGGGCAAAGCUUUUUGAAACGAACUUCUUUAUAAGAAAAACUUUCUCCUACCCUGUAGAUGGUCAAACCAGGCAGGCAAAAUCAUCCUCUUAGCUGGUCAAUUUCCGUGGUGCUUGGCCCUUGAUGAAACUCCUGACUUACAUGUAUAGAAAUCCUUGGCUAUGUUUUUUUAAAAGCUCAGUUGAAUUCUCUAAUGUUGGUUAAACAGUAAGACUGCAUAGUAGUCUAGUUUUUAAUUCAGACAGCUUUGUUUUCAGGGGAUAAAGUUAAUUUUUACACAGGUUAAUGUUAAGUGAGCUCACUUACCUGCACUCAUGUUAUACUGUAACAUUUUUUGAAGUGUGUUGUUUACGUUCUCUCACCACUAUUGUUUGACUUUAAAAAACAAAAGUUUACCUAGAAAUAUAAGAUCAGGCAACUUAGAUAUUGCCAACAUUUAAUAAACCCUGCACCUUUUUCAAAAAGGCAGUGGGGCAAUUAGAAAUACAAUGAAGAUGAAGGGCUUCAAUUUGGAGUACGGAUUUCGAAAACAGACCAAUUAUUAUUAAAGUUAAAAUUCCUUGUACAGUAUAGUUGUUUACAAAUUAAUGACAUUUGCAUUGAUCAGGGACGGACCAUUAUUGUUUUCAGGGAGUGGGGGUUGGCCGUUUUUCUGGGGCACGAAAUUUUUUGUUACCUUCAGAUUGUGUGCAAUAGCUUUUGCAAGAUUUGUUUGUUUGUUUGUUUGUUUGUGUGUUUAAUUCAAAGACUGGAGGUGAAUAGUAGAAAGCCCUUGCUCAAUUCCUUUUUUCCCAUUGCCCCCCUUGUGCGAUAUUUUUUAGCAGUUUUUGCUGUGCAGGAUUGUUAUUAUUAUUAUUCUUUUUUUGGUGAAAUUGCUCUGCCAUCCCCCAUCCCACCUCCCCCCGCCUCCCAACCUAGCAAAAAAUUAAGGGUCCGGUCCUUUAGUUGAUAGCCUUGUUGAGUGAAAUGUCACGCAACACAUCUGGGCAAGAAGUGGGUAAAGUGAUUGUGUGACAUUGUGCGCAACGGUUUUGGUCGGGUUUGGGGGAGUUUAGUUAAAGUAGUUUACCCUAACAGGAUGCGCAAAACUCAUUACGUUGGAGCGCACUUAAGCCUUUCCACAACAGUAACGUUUGUCGCAACUUUCGGCCGGUUUUCCAAACCUUUCAGCCAAUCAAUUAGCCAAAAGCUGCACGUGCACAUGCACGUGGUCCGCACAUGCACGUGGUCGGCACGUGGCUUCUCUGAUUUCUACAUCUCAUCUCUUUGAUUAGCCAAGCAUAGAGUGGAAGCAAUCUAAAUAGGUGACAAAUGAGCGGUACUAGUGUUUUUCAACGUAAUGCUCUGAAAGAUUUAUCUAACUUAAUAUGAAGUAAUGUGUACAUACUGUAUUGUCGAUCUGAAUAAAAUUGAAUCACAGGAAGACAGUUGAUAUGUUACAGUAGUGCUAAUUGCUAGCGAAAGACAAAUCAAAAAACAUUGUAUCUUAUAUGAUGGGACUUUGGAUGUCUGAUGUUUGAUGCAUUGGUUUCUGUUUGUAUUUUAUCUUCCACCGCUCGACUCGGAUGCGAGUGCUUUAACCGUGAGACCACCGCACCUCCACAAACUUCGGAGGACAACCGAUGAAAACAAUUCAAAUUUUGUUCAAACGAGAUUCCUAGUUGGCCGAGAAAUGGUUUAAAUAUCGUUCGCGGUUUUUCAUUGCCAGUCGAGAAUUUUUAUCGGCCGAGAAUGCAUUGAUGCUAUAAAAUGAAACUUAACUAUUUUAUCUUCCUUAUCAUUGAAAAUGUUUUGUCUGUGCUCUCAGGUUUCUCGCUUGAUUUUUGAUUGGUCAGGAGAUGACCUCGAGAAACUCCUGCUCUGUCCACUUACGUUGGGUUCGAAACUGCACGAAAAAUUUGUCACAUGGAAAGCGAAACGAUGGCAAAAAUAAUAACUGUUAGUUAAAUACCUUUCACCCGUCCCAUAAAUCCAAAUGUGAAGUUAAAAGUCACGAUCACGGAGCAACAGAAAAUUCCGGUUGUUCCCAAAGAGCAGUCUCCUCCGGAUCCGCAGCCGUUUCUCGGGAUGUCACGCAAUGUACCCCUCAUAGCGGUUCCUGACGCACUCGUCACGCUACGGAGAUUGCGUGACAGACUGAAUCUCGAGCAAGACUGGCGGGCUCUUAUACUGGACCGUCACACUUUAGUGAAUCACCUUGGCAACUCCGUUAUUAACUGCCGGCGACCAACUCAACAUGCCGCCGGUUUUUGCCAUGAUAUAUAAUUUUCUUAGCAUGGGAAAUGUUCUUCUUCUAUUGCUUUUGUUGCUGAUGUUACAUUACUUGAUGGUGAUGUACGAGUUCAGGAACAUGCCGCCUGGUCCGCGUUUAACCACUCUCCCCGUUUUAGGGAACUUGUUUUCCCUCGACGCCAAGGCGGAGAAACUCACAGACGCUUUUCAAAGUCUUAGCGAAACCUACGGCCGUGUUUUCUCACUGAAACUUGGAAGUUACAAGUUCGUAAUGGCGUCAACUCCCGAGGCUGUGAAGGAAAUGCUGGUACAGAAAUCUGUCGAGUACGCUGGAAGACCGCAGACUUACUCUGUUAAGAGACGUACCCUAGGAGGUAAAGAUAUUGCGUUCGGUAACUAUGGGCCCGCCUGGAAGUUUCAUCGCAAACUCUUCACUACAGCCUUGCGUCAGUACCUCUCGAAUAUUCCUCUGAUUGAAAGCCGAGUUUCAGCCCAGGCAGAGAAAAUGGUCCAGUUCAUGGAAGAACAAGGUGGAAAACCUUUUGAUCCCGCAGAUUGCUUGAUGCGUGGUGUUGCUGAUGUUAUUUGCGGAAUCACAUUUGGGGAAGGCUAUGACACCACUCACCCAGAUUUGACCAAACUUUUGAAACUUUGCGCUCAUGUUGUGGAGAAUGACGAUGUAGCCCGUUUAGUUACCAUGUUGGAUUUCUUUCCCUUUACACAGUACCUUCCAAUCAAGGCUUAUGAUCGAUUUAUCCAGCCUUUCUUUAGCAUGUUCGACAUAAUUGGUAAAUUCUUGAAAGAUCGAGAAGACAACUUUGACCCAACACAACCCGCUCAAGAUUUCAUUUCGAGCCUUCUUUGUGCCAGGAAUGAAGCCCGGUUCAAUAGUGACGAAGAAAGAUGCGCUUUUCUGUCUAAUGACUACUUUCUUAACGACAUCGAAGUCAUGUUUGCUGCCGGUUACGAAACCACAAGCACCACAUUGAAAUGGGUCAUCGCCUACCUUGUUAACUAUCCAAAGUACCAAGAGGACAUUCAACGACAGUUAGAUGAAGUAGUUGGCAACCGAAGCCCUUCCUUAGACGAUCGCCCUCAUCUUCCUCUUAUCCAGGCAACGAUAAUAGAAACACUGCGGGUCGGAAACGUGGGACCCCUUUUAUUGCCUCAUGUCACGAUCACUGACACCACGCUCUGCGGAUACCGUAUCCCCAAAGAUACCAUUGUCUUUGCUAACACGGAAGCGGUACAUCUAAAUCCCAAAUGCUGGGAAAAUCCUAAGGAGUUCAACCCAUACCGUCAUAUUGACCCUGAAGGCAAGGUGGUCACCAACCAAGGAAACUUCUAUCCUUUUGGAGCAGGACGACGAGUCUGUGCUGGCGAAGCCUUGGCCAAAGUUAAGCUGUUCUUGUUUGUAUCAUCGUUGUUUCACAAGUUUACGUUUGUCCCUGCAGAAGACGGUUGUCCUCCUAGUUUGAAAGGAGUUUUCAGUAUCACUCAGUUUCCUGCUCCUUACAAGAUACGCGCGAUCAAACGAAAAUGAAAUAACAUUGGCAAUCGGUAAUAUUAUCCACUUUUAAAAUAUUUGACUACCGCGUAGGUUAUCAGAUUGCCUAAGUCAGUGUGGUAAAUCAGAGAGCCCGCACAUGGAAACAGGGUUAGUGGUAUUGCAAAGAAAAAGUCAGGGAAUUGAUGAUGACGAUGACGACGUCGACGACGGUCAUAUCUAACGCGCGUUCGUGAAGUAAUUUUUAAUUCUAUAAUAAGUCAAAUUGUUCGCGCACUUUGAUUGGUUCUUUCUUAUGA